GGAUUGACCCUGCGCUUUCAACAUACCAACUGGGACCUAAUUUUACCCUGUCACUUUCACCUCUCAAACUCCUUAUAUUCCUUUCAAUUUGGGAGCCCUGUCUGCAAUGAGUAAUCAGCAGCUGGAGGAUCUUAUUAAUCAAGGAAGAGAAAAAGUUGUAGAAGCAACGAACAGUGUGACAUCAGUGAGGAUUCAGCCUCUUGAAGACAUCAUUUCCACUGUAUGGAAAGAAAACAUGAAUCUCUCUGAGGCCCAAGUCCAAGCACUAGCAUUAAGUAGACAAGCCAGCCAGGAGCUUGACGUGAAACGAAGAGAAGCAAUUUACAACGAUGUAUUGACAAAGCAACAAAUGUUAAUCAGCUGUGUUCAGCGAAUACUCAUGAACAGGCGGCUUCAGCAGCAGUAUACUCAGCAGCAACAGCAACAAUUGACUUAUCAGCAAGCAACACUGAGUCACCUCCAUGAUGCCAAAGCCUCCCAAAUUUAAUCAUGACUCCUUCUAACUACCAGCAGAUUGAUAUGAGAGGAAUGUAUCAGUCAGUGGCUGGUGGUAUGCAGCCACCACCCUUACAGCGUGCACCACCCCCAAUGAGAAGCAAAAAUCCAGGACCUUCCCCAGGGAAAUCAAUGUGAUUUUGCACUAAAAGUUUAAAGGAUUAUUAAAAUCAUAGAAAGAUCUUUUAUUUUUUUAGGAAUCAAUGACUUAACAGAACUCAACUGUAUAAAUAGUUUGGACCCCUUAAAUGCCAAUCUUCCAUAUUAGUUUAAAUUUUUUUUAAAUAGGGCAUACCAUUUCUCUGACAUUUGUCAGUGAUGUUGCCUACAAUCUUCUUACACACAUUGAGUACAGAAGAUAUUUCAAAUUGUUUUCAGUGAAAACAAAUCCUUCCAUAACAGUAACAGUUCCACAGAUUUCCUCUCUAAAUUUUUAUGCCUGCUUUUAGCAACCAUGAAAUUGUCAUAAAAUUAAUGAAUUUAGAAAUUAAUAAAGAUUUAUAUAUUCGCUCUUUACAUAUAAAAACACACAGCUGAGUUCUUAGAGUUGAUUCCUCAAGUUAUAAAAUACUUUUGUACUAAUUCCAUUUCUUGAUUAGAGUGAUUGAAAUGGUCUUAAUAUUCUUUUGACUGAAGUUUGAAACUGGGCUCCUGCUAAAUAUUGUCUCUGUGAUUAAAAGCGUGUGCAAUAUUCUUAAAUACUACUACUAAUCUAAAGGUGAGGAGCCUUGAAUCUUAGCAUUGUAGAAACAGCCUUAAGUACAGUCUAAGACGAGAAAAUUCCUUUUCUUAUCUAGUCUUCCUGCCAUUUUUUAUUUUCAGUUGUAUGUGAUUUCAGGGUUGUGGAUUAUCCUCUGCAUAUGAGUUUCCUGUCUCCUGGCACUAAUGGAAGUCCAAUCCAUCCGCCAAGGAGCCAGUGCUGGUGCUUCAUCCUGUUGCUGGCAGUGGGAUGCAAACUAAGAAAACCAAGUUAGAGCGCUUGAAGAGCUUCGCGCUGAAAUUGUGGUUUUAGGCUCACACCCUGUUUUAUAAACAACAUCAAAAUGGCAGAACCUUUGCUGACUUUGAAGUUCACAUGAGGAAUGUGCUUUCAUAGUCUCCAGUACUGUCAGUAUUGUGAAAUAAUUCCUCUUAACGAUAAGGAUCACUGGCUUCUAUGCUCCUCUUUUCACUCAUCACACUUUCCCUCUUCCAAGCUCCUUUACAGUUUAGUAAAUUGUUUUCAAGUUUGAUCCCCCACCCCGUUUUGAUCUCUGAGUUGGUUUCCUUUCUUUUCUUUUCUUUUUUUUGGAGCUGGGUACCGAACCCAGGGCCUUGCGCUUGCUAGGCAAGCACUCUACCACUGAGCUAAAUCCCCAACCCCGGUUUCCUUUCUUUUCAUUCCUCUUCCUCCUCUUCCUUUUCUUUCUCUUCCUCUUGGAUAAAGUUAAUUCACCUAAUACUCUUUUAUUUCUGUUUUGGUUUGGUAUGGUUUGGUUUGCUUUUUUUUUUUUUUAACUAGAAAAAUCAGUCUAUUUCUUUUUCUAGAUCCAAGUUUUUGAAAAAUAACCUAUAAUUUCAUUCAUGUUCAAUUUGAUCGUUUUAAGUGUCUUCAGUAAGAAGAUUGUGUUUGACUAUGGGUCAACUCAUGACGAUAGCAUAUUUGAAAUAAUGAUGUAAAACAAGUAGUAGAAACAGCUAAAGAAAAGCUGGGUGGAGUAUUUGUUCUAGGCCUCACUGGACGUGAUUGAUAUUGAAUUGAACAUGAACUUAAAAUGGAUUUAGUUGUUUGGAUAAUAAAAGAUUUCCAUUUUUAUCUUGUAAGAACUAGUGGUUAAAAUAUCCACAUGCACCGGGUUUGUGAUGAAGAAUAAGUGAGGUGUGGCGGCUCUACCUUCCCAUGAUCAAACACACUAAUGAACUCUGUGUAUUUGGAUAUUGUGCCAGCCAUAUAAUAAAGCUUAUUUAAUGGGGGGGGGCAGAUGUGCAUUUACUUUGAAGAAAUGAAAGAAGCAAGACUUGUGAGGUAAAUUUUUGAAAGCAGUAUGCUCUGGCCAACUGUUACCAGAAUACGUUCAAGCUCAUGUACUAGACAUGGGAACUUUUACAUGCUCUAAUUAUUUACUCAAAGACAUAGAUAUGAAAAUUUUAGGCAACAUUAUAGUCCAUUUUCAUAAUGGAUGAAACUAUAACUUGAAAAAAUAGUAAUUAGAAGGACUCAUUGGAAAUCAGAGAGUUUGAAAUAGAUCUUGGACCACUUGCAUACACUCUUCUCACUUGAUAUGUUAGCAACAUAAUAUAUGUACUUUGAGUAUAACAUCAAGUUUUAACAAAUAAAGACAAAAGUCACAUAAGAUACUAAAAGCUCAUUUUUAUAUUUGUUUUAGAUGUUUUAAAUAGUUGCAAUGGCUUAAAUGACAAUUUAAAAUGUUGCUUGUAAUACAGUUUUGCCUGCUAAAUUCUCCACAUUUUGUAACCUGUUUUAUUUCUUUGGGUGUAAAGCGUUUGGCCUAGAAUUGUGAUAUUGUACAUGUUUUGUCCCGGUUGUAUAGUAAUGUUUCAGUCCAUCAUCCAGCUUUGGCUGCUGAAAUCAUACAGCUGUGAAGACUUGCCUUUAUUUCUGUUAGACUGCUUUUUGGUUCUGUAUUGAGUAUCUUAAGUACUGUAGAAAAGAUGUCACUUCUUCCUUUAAGGCUGUUUUGUAAUAUAUAUAAGGACUGGAAUUGUGUUUUUAAAGAAAAGCAUUCAAGUAUGACAAUAUACUAUCUGUGUUUUCACCAUUCAAAGUGCUGUUUAGUAGUUGAAACUUAAACUAUUUAAUGUCAUUUAAUAAAGUGACCAAAAUGUGUUGUGCUCUUUAUUGCAUUUUCACAGCUUUGAAAAAUCUGUGCACAUAUUGUUUCAUAGGAACUGUAUAGCUUUUGAUGUCCUGUUUAAUGGUGAUUCUUUUGCACAUUUAGUUGUUUUACUAUUUGGGAGGUCAAGAAGUUUGGUUUUGGAAUCUGUUAUAUACUAAAUUCUGUAAAAGGAGAUCUCUAACCUCAAAAAGAAUUUAACAUACCAGGAA